GAAUAUCAGUUCUCACUCUCUCUCUCUUUGUCUCUCGUGCAGGAAAAUGGCAGAGGCCAGUAUUUCAGUUGAUCAGGAUCAGUUCAGCUGUCCAGUGUGUCUGGAUCUUCUGAAUGAUCCAGUGACUACUCCCUGUGGUCACAGUUUCUGUAAAGUGUGUAUUAAUGGUUGCUGGGAUCAGGAGGACGUAAAGGGUGUCUACAGCUGUCCUCAGUGUAGAGAGACUUUCACUCCAAGACCUGUUCUACGCAGGAACAACAUGCUGACUGAAGUGGUGGAGAAACUGAAGAAGACUGAACACCAAACUGCUUCUCCUGCUCACUGUUAUGCUGGACCUGGAGAUGUGGAGUGUGAUUCCUGCACAGGGAGAAAACACAAAGCCGUCAAGUCCUGUCUGGUUUGUCAGGCCUCCUUUUGUGAAGAUCAUCUUAAACCUCACUAUCAGUCUCCUGCCUUUAAGAAGCACAAGUUAGUUGAAGCCUGUGCAGAGCUCCAAGAGAAGAUCUGCUCUGAACAUGACAAACUGAUGGAGAUCUACUGUCGUACUGACCAAAGAUUCAUCUGUUACUUGUGUACGAUGGAUCAACACAAAGGUCAUGAUACAGUUUCAGCUAAAGCAGAAAGAACUAAAAAACAGAAUGAGAUAAAAGAAGAGCAGAUAAAAUCCCAGCAGAGGAUCCAGGAGAAGCAGAAGAAGGUGCAGGAGCUGAAACAGACUGUGGGCAUUAUUAAGACAUGUUCACAGGCAGCAGUAGAUGAUAGUGAGAGGAUCUUUACUGAGAUGAUCAGCUCCAUGGAGAAAAAGCGCUCAGAGGUGACGAAGCUCAUCAGAGCUCAGGAGAAAGCUGAAGUGAGUCGAGCUGGACGACUCCUGAAUCAACUGGAGCAGGAGAUUGCUGAUCUUAAGAGGAGAGUCACUGAGCUGGAGCAGCUUUCACACACACAUGAUGACAUCCACUUCCUCCAGAAUUUCCCGUCUCUCGGUGUUUCUCCUGGAUGUGACGACUCACCCAGCUUCACUGUCAAUCAACAUCUCUCAUUUGAUAAAGUGAUGAAAUCUCUCUCAGGUCUGAAAAUCCAAGUCCAGGAAAUCUGUGAGGAGGAAUUCAACAAAAUCCAACCACAAGCUGCAGCUGUUCAGGUGAUCUUACCCUCAGUUCUAAAAAGCAGAGAAGAUUUUUUGCAGUAUUUCUGUUAUCUGACUCUGAAUCCCAACACAGCAAAUCGUCAACUCGUUCUAUCUGAGAAGAACAGAGUGGUGACACGCAAUAGAACAUGUCAGCAAUACUCUGAUCAUCCAGAGAGAUUUGACUCCUGGAUUCAGGUGUUGUGUAAAGAGAGUGUGUGUGGACGCUGUUACUGGGAGGUGGAGAGGAGCAGUGAUGUUGUGUCCAUAUCAGUCUCGUAUAAAGAGAUCAACAGAAAAGGAGGGGGUGAUGAGAAUUUGUUUGGGCGCAACAGUCAGUCCUGGAGUCUGGAGUGUUCUUCUUCCUCUGUCUCUUUCUGGCACAACAACAUUGAGACUAAACUCCAAGGUCCAUCAUCCUCCAGAAUAGGAGUGUAUGUGGAUCACAGUGCAGGAACUCUGUCCUUCUACAGCGUCUCUGACACCAUGAGGCUCCUCCACAGAGUCCACACCACAUUCACUAAGCCGCUAUACGCUGGAUUCUGGCUCAUUCGUUGGAACUCAAUUGUGAAGUUAUGUGAUCCAACUGGAAUGUAAAAAAAGAGAAAAAAUAGUGUAAUGUAGAAUUUUUCUAUAAAAAAAAGUUCAUGCAAAGCAUUUCAUGCAAAGCAGAAUGCAAAAAUAAUUCUAUAAUUAAAAGGAGCAUGAACAAACUUUUUUUUUUUUAAAUAACUAUAAACAAACUACAAAUACAUACAAAUAUAUAUCAAUAGCCUAAGCUCAGGAAUUGUUUUAGGAUUCGAGUCAGGACUGUCUCAAGGCACAAAUCUGAGGAAGAUACUUGUCGUCUCAGAGGCACAAAUCUGAGGAAGAGACCCAGACCCUCUGCAGCUUUGUAGGUGUCACAUUAGCCUCCAUAAUUUUCAAACAAAGGAUUUUUGAAACCAUCCAGAUACAAAAGUCCAAACCACGCAUCCAUAUCCUGCAAUUCUUUCACGCCAAACUGUUUGAAUCCCUCUGGUCUAAUGAAACUAAAAUUAUCUUUGGUCAAAAUGACAAGCAUUCGGUCUGUAACAAACUAGGAACGAUCAUCAGAUGGUCAAGUCCAACUCUCCUGUGAAGCCUGGUGGAGGCAUUAUCUUGUUUGGAGAUGUUUUUCAGCUGCAGGAGAUACACAUAAAAUUUAGCUUUCAACAUGAAAAUGACCCAAAACAAAUGAAGAUAAAGUGUUAAGACACUGUGUGUUUUUUUUUUAGUGGUCCAGCAAGAACCUGGACAUGAAUCCAAUAUAGUAUCUCUGGUGACACCUGGAAACAAAGUGAAAAAAUAAGUGUUAUACAGUAUAUGUGUAAAAGUAGGACAUGCAGUACGUUUUGUAAAUAAUACUAAUGCUACUAUUCAACUGUCUUCUUCUUACUAAUCCAUUUUAAUUUAGGUGGAUUAGUAUUUCAAACCUUAAUAAUGCUGCUACUUCUGUCCAGCCUGCCAUUUUGUUACUGCUGAACUAUAUAAUGUGUUGUUGUUGUUGUUGUAGUAUUAAAAAGUCUAUUAACAACAAAGACAAACACAGUAUCAUUUCAAUAUACACAUAAUAUUAAAAAGCCUUUUUGUAUUUUUAUAAAUUACUCUCAUAAAUGCCUAGAUCAAA